UUCCCGGCUGACAAGGUAGCAGAACAGUGAACAAAAGUGCCUUGAAGCUCGGCGGGGAGGAGAAGGAGGCGCUGGGCUCGGUGGAGAGGGGACACCUGCGAGGACAGCGCGCACUUUGCAGCAAGCUCAGCCUGCAGGAUGACAGAAUGGGACACAAACCUCCCAAGCAUCGAGAGGAAGCUGGGACUGCAGAUAUGGGGCAUAGAGAACAUGAAGAUGGUUCCUGUACCUGAAAAAGCUUAUGGGACUUUUUUUGAAGGAGACUGUUACAUCAUUUUGCAUACCAAAAGGAGCUCCCGUGGCACCGCUGUGGAUCUGCACUACUGGAUUGGCCAGGACUCCUCGCAGGACGAGCAGGGCGCUGCAGCCGUGUACGUGACGCAGCUGGACGCGGCGCUCGGGGGCAGCCCCGUGCAGCACCGCGAGGUGCAGGGACACGAGUCCGAGACCUUCCAGAGCUACUUCCGACACGGCAUCAUCUACAAGAAAGGAGGAGUGGCUUCAGGAUUUAAGCAUGUGGAGACCAACAUGUACAACAUCAAGCGUCUCCUUCACGUCAAGGGCAAGAAGCACGUGUCAGCCACAGAGGUAGCGCUCUCCUGGGACAGCUUCAACAAGGGAGAUGUGUUCUUGCUGGACCUUGGUAAAGUGCUGAUCCAGUGGAAUGGACCCAGCUGCAGCAUUGCUGAGAAAUCCAGGGGUCUUGCUCUGGCUCGGAGCAUCAGGGACAGCGAGAGGGGCGGCCGUGCUCAGAUUGGCAUCAUUGACAACGAGAGGGACUCGCCAGACCUGAUGCAGAUCAUGAGGAUGGUGCUGGGCGAGAGGCGCGGGGAGCUCCGCGACGCCGUCCCCGACACCAAAGCCGACGAGCUGCAGAAAGCCAACGUCAGGCUCUACCAUGUCUAUGAGAAGGACAAUGACCUGGUGGUGCAGGAGAUCGCCACCCGGCCCCUGACACAGGAUCUGCUGCAGCACGAGGACUGCUACAUUUUAGACCAAGGUGGCUUCAAAAUUUAUGUCUGGAGAGGAAAAGCCUCCAGCCCAGAAGAGAAAAAAGCAGCAUUCACUCGAGCUGUGGGUUUUAUCCAAGCCAAAGGCUAUCCUUCAUCCACCAACGUGGAGGUGAUCAAUGACGGAGCAGAGUCAGCCAUGUUCAAACAGCUCUUCCAGAGGUGGACAGAAAAGAAUGAAACACAAGGGCUGGGCAAGGUCUACACUACAGGCAAAAUUGCCAAGGUGGAGCAGGUGAAGUUUGACACCACCCAGCUCCAUGCCAGGCCUGAGCUCGCGGCUGAGCAGAGGAUGGUCGAUGAUGCCUCCGGGGAGAUCGAGGUGUGGAGGAUUGAGAACUUGGAAAUGCAGCCAGUGAAUCCCAAGAUGUAUGGGCAGUUCUAUGGGGGUGAUUGCUACCUGGUCCUGUACACCUACCUGAGGUCAGGCAGACCCCACUACAUUAUCUACAUGUGGCAGGGCCGCCAUGCCUCCGUGGAUGAGAUCACUGCCUGUGCCCUCAAUGCCAUCGAGCUGGACAGGAAAUACGGGGACGAGGCCGUGCAGGUGCGGGUGACCAUGGGCAAGGAGCCCAGGCACUUCCUGGCCAUCUUCAAGGGCAAGCUGGUCAUCUACGAGGGCGGCACCAGCCGGGCUCAGCAGAGCAGCCCCGAGCCGGCAAUCCGCCUCUUCCAGGUGAGGGGCACGGAUGAGGUGAACACCAAGGCCACAGAGGUGCCAGCCCGAGCCUCCUCCCUCAACUCCAACGAUGUCUUCCUGCUGAGCACCAGCCAGGUCUGCUACCUGUGGUGUGGGAAGGGAUGCAGCGGAGAUGAGCGGGAGAUGGCAAAAAUGGUGGCUGACAUCGUUUCCAGACGGGACAAACACACCAUCCUGGAAGGACAGGAGCCUGCAGAGUUCUGGGAAGCUCUGGGAGGCAAAGCACCUUAUGCCAGUGAAAAGAGGUUCCAGGAGCAGGUCACACACUACCAGCCUCGCCUCUUUGAGUGCUCCAACCAGACGGGUCGGUUCAUCAUGACGGAGGUGGUCGGGUUCUGCCAGGAGGACCUGGAUGAAGAUGAUGUCAUGCUGCUGGACACAUGGGAAGAGAUUUUCCUUUGGGUUGGCAAAGCCUCCAACGCACAGGAGAGGAACGAGGCCAUUGCCUCAGCCAAGGAGUAUCUCAAGACCCAUCCAGCUGGGAGGGACCUGGCAACUCCCAUCAUCCUGGUGAAGCAGGGCUAUGAACCCCUCAACUUCACAGGGUGGUUCAACGCCUGGGACCCCUACAAAUGGAGUGAUGGCAAAUCCUAUGAGGAAAUGAAGAACAGCUUGGGAGAUGUGUCAGCCAUAUCGGAGAUCAAAGUGAAUGAGACUGCUGACCUGAACAACCUCAGCCUGAACAAGAGAACGCUCAGCACCACCAACCUGGCUGGUUCAGCUGCAGCCAAUGCCUCCUCGGAGUACAAAUCUCACUUCAGCCACAGUGACAGCAACAGCAACAGCUACAGCAACAACUACAACAGCAACAGCAACAACUACAACAGCAACAACAGCCACAGCAGCCCUGCCAUGGUGCCCAAUGGGGAAGGGAUUUACUCCCGAGAGGUGCUGAUGCACAGAACCGUGGAUGAGCUUCCCGAAGGCGUGGAUCCCACUAAAAAAGAGUGCUAUCUCUCCGAUGCCGAUUUCCAUGAUAUCUUCGGGAAGUCCAAGGACGAGUUCUACCAGAUGCCCAAAUGGAAGCAGCAGAAUGAGAAGAAGCAAUUUGGACUCUUCUGAGACUGCAGGGGGCAUCUGAUGACUCUGGGACCAGCCCCUGCUCCCUUAGGAGCUGCAGGAAAGAAGUGCAGGCAGUUCCUCAGUGAUCCCAACCCAGCUCCCCAGUCCAGCUCAGUUAUUCCAGCAGCCACUGUUCAGGGGAUGGCUUCUUUCUCCCUGCAGACCCAGAACCCCAGGAGGAAAAACCUUUUUCAAGAACAGCUUCUUGACAAGAUGUUUUUUGCCUCUUCCUGACACUUUAUUGCUGAUAGCCAUGAAGACAAGUGUGUGCCACACAACUGCAUUGUAGCCUCAUCUUUCCUCUCCCUUUUGCAAAUUGCCACAUGCACUAGGCCAUGAUCUUCCUUCAUUUGUAGAAGUUUAAAAUUAGUCAAGACAAAGGCCAUUUGCAGCUGCUGUGUGAGUUCUGGGUGGGGAGAGGAGGCGGAAGCCCUCAGAGGAUGGAGGGGGAGCCUUGAGGUCAGGAACAAGCCAGAUGCCUGAUGAGGUACUCUGUGAGUGACACCAGACAUUUCUGCCCCUUCUCACAAAAAACAGCAGGAAUUAGUUCCAGAUUAACAUGCAUAGCCCAGGCAGGUAAAACACAUGAGAACCUGGUUUGGGGGAAAAAAAGCACAUAUUGUGAGUAUAUUUAUUAGCUGAUGUUUCCAGAGGAUGAUGACACUGAAGGCUAGACACAAAUAUUGAUUUUUGACUGCCAUACAAGACUCUGUUUUUUUCCUCAUUUGACAGCAAUCUGCAAUCUCACCUGGCCUCCCUGACUGUGGCCAGGUGAAUGUCAGAGUCCACCUGGCCACAGAGCAGAGGCUUGAGGAAGCCAGGAGGGGUUUGGGUGUGACCUGAGGCAGAGGGUGUCCUACUGAAGCUUUUAUCAGGCUCCAUCCCUGUGAUGUCCAUGAGAGUGCUGGUUCCACACUGUGGGAUCAGUCUGGCUGGGGAGGGCAGUGGGAAAUGUGUGCAAUCAGUGACUACAGGAUAAAACUGUAAACUAAAGGAAGAAACACCACCUUAAAAACUCAGACAAUGUGGGUUUGCAGCUUUACUCCAUUUCCAACCUGAUCAGUGAUUCCAAAUAAACAUCCAGCAGCAGCCCUGUAAGUGUCUGUGAUCAGCAUGGGGGGUUAGGAUGGCAGCAGAUAAAAGCUCUGCAGGGCCACAGAUCCUUCAAACACCUGGUCAUCAAUGGAAUUUUGGAUUUUUUUGAAAAGAAAAAACUGAGGAGGUGGAGCCCCUUCUGUCUCCAAGCUCCAAGUAGCUCAGGCCAUUUGUCCCCCAUGCCCAUGUACCCUGCUCCUGAAGCCCCCACUGGCAGUGAGCAGCAGUACCUGGCCUGACUGCCCUGCCCUGCUGCAGGGAUGUGGGAUGGAGGUGGGGAGCUCCAGGCUGUGGAUUGAGGGGCAAAGAGCUUUCAUUAACAUCCAGGACCACAUCAUGGUGCAGAAGUGUCAAAGAGCUCUCACUCAACAUUCAGGACCACAUCAUUCUGCAGAAGUGUCAGAAUCUGGCUGGGCUGGAGAACUUUGUGUUUAAGAAUUGGUAGUUAACUCAAAUAAACCCCAACCCCAUUGUUAUGUCUCUGUUCCUACCACCACUUCAUCCCAUUUCUGCUUGAGGGCACAGCCCAAAACCCUCUGGAACUCCCUGUGCAGAGUAAGUUAAGCAUCAAGCAGAGACACAAAUCAGCUGAAUUACCUGUGUGAUUGCUCCUGUUGUGUUCACAAGAGAUGCAAUCAGUGCACAUUACCCACAUUUCAACCUCUGUUGGCCCUGCUGGAAUCAGCAAUAUUUGCCUUGCCUUGCUGAGGAGUGCUGCUGCCAGCUCCCAAAUUGAAGAAUUGCAUGUGCUCCUCAGUAAGAUGCAGGAAUGCCACCUACCUGUGGGCCUGACCAGCUCCACACAGUCAGAUGAAGACCAGCCAAAAUACAGUCAGAUUAUAGAGAUUAGGCCAGUUUGCCACAAAUUGCUUAAAUUCCUGUGGCCACCAUGCUCACCAGCAUGAGUGGAGUGCUCCUGCCAGCACUCAGGAACCAGCCUGGGAUUUCACAGACCACAGAGCUUUCUGAUACCUGAUCUGAUGAAAACUGCUGCUGCUGCACUCCUCAUGGGGGAGUUGCUUUUACUCCCUACCUCUGAUUGCUGAAAGAUCCUCUCCCACUCCUCCCUUUGGUGCCUUUUGCUGUGAUGUCAGUGGCCAUGUCCUGUUUCUGCAGCUCUUCCCUCUUGUGGGGCUCCAGCACUUCCUGAUCUGUUCAGAGAUAAGCUCAAGUGGUAACAACAUGGGCAUGUCCCUUCCUUUGGGGAGAGAGACCUUGCAGCAUUGUCAUCAUGCUCUGCCCACCCCAUCUCCAUCUCAGCUUCUUUCCUACCUGGCUCUAGCAGCUUUCCCCAGCUGUUCCUAUUUGAUAAAGGAUGUUUUUUCAUCCCAUGGAUCUUGCCUACCUCUAAAUGCAAAACAAGCAGGGGAAACCUCAGCUUCUCUGUGCAAUCCAUCCAAGCCCACCCUGACCCUGGCCACCUGGUCUCCCACUUCUCUGGUGCUGGCCACAGCAGGCUUUAGCUCAAUAAUCCAACUGAAAUCUAACCUUGCCACCCAAAAAAUGCAAAUAAUAAGUUCACAGCCAACCCAGCAGGCUGAGCUGACCUCACAGAGGAACAGAAUCACAGAAUGGUUUGCAUUGGGAGGGACCUUAAAGAUCAUCCAGUUCCAACCUCCUGCCAUGGACAGGGACACCUUCCACUGUCCCAGGCUGCUCAGAGCCCCAGAAGUGGUCUUGAACAUUCCCAUCGAUGGGGCAUCCACAGCUUCUCUGGGAAACCUCUUCCAGUGCCUCACUGCCCUCACAGGGAAGAAUUUCUUUCUAAUUUGCCCUACAAGAGCUGGUGUUGGUGCAAGUGAGGGGGCAGGAGCAUUUCUUACCACUUUCACCUCUGAUUUUCAUCCCAUGGCUCCCUAAAACAAAGUGCUGAGAGAGCAGAGACCAAACUCAGGCUGUCCCUGGGUGGGAAUCCAGGAUGUUCCAUCCCUGGCCUUCAAAUGUGUCCCCAGCAAUGUGCCCCAUCCCAUUGGUGACCUGGAGAGACUGUGUCACUGCUCUGCCUCACUGGCCACUCCUGAGCUCUUCCAGCUGGCUGGUGGUUAAUGCAAUAUCAGCCCUUGAGGUGUGGGUUUAAUUCACAUUUAAUCUGGCAAUGGUUUACAACAUCACACAGUAUUGUAGUCAAGAGGAAAAAUCAAUGUGUCCAAUGUUUACUGCAGCAUAACAAACUCCAGGGAGGGCGAAAGAAUCCCAGCUUUGCAGAGGGCCUAAAAAUCACUAAAUCCAGGCUGUUUUGGACUAAAAAAUAAGAUGACCAGAGUAUGUUUAAAAGGACAAUAACAUCUUUGGUAUCAUCUUCACCACCAGGGAUCAGAAUCCCCAGGAAUCCUGAUAAUUUAAG